UAGUGCCACGUUUGGUCAUCUCCAUAGGAAAAAGGGCACUGCUAAACGUUCCGCUCCAAAAUUAAGCCAGCUGUGAGUGCAACGCUUGCUAACUAAAAGCUAAGGAACCGUCUUGUCCGCGGCGAUAUGAUCCAUGACAUAUUUGUGAACCAUGAGUGAAGUGAAUGAAGGCCACCAAUCCGAAGACAUGGCAGAGGAAGCCACCAACCAGGGCAGAAAAGAUGGAGAUUCAACUGAAAAAGGGGUGCUUUACCCUGAAGGUGGAUGUUCUCCCAGUAAGGACAGCACACUGACGAAGGAGGAGAAAAGCCAUCUUAGUGAAGCCAGUGUUGAAAGUCAUGGUGAUGGCAUACACAAGGCACCAAAAAAUGAGAACCCGUCCAUAAUAAAAAAGCAAAAUUCAGAGAAUAGUGAAGGAGAAACACCGUUGAAAUCCUGUGAGGAGGAGAGCAAAGACAGUGAUCCGGCUCAGAAGCAGCAACACAUGGUUACAGCAGACAGUGAUUCACCUGAAAAGGAGGAGAAGGAUGAAAAAGAAGGAUUUUCUCCCGAUGAUGGCAGCAAACAGAUGGAGAAGAAAACCCAUUUUAGUCAAGAUAAUGUCCAACAUAAUGGUGAUGAGAAAAAAGACCCGCCAAAAAAUGAGCCAAAAUCAGACAAAAGUCACACCCCAGAGCAGGAAGCACCAAAACCAACCGCUUCACCAAUCCCGGAUGACAAAAAGGAUGACCAGGAAGGUGGAACGAAAAUUAAGCUUAAUGAAGAAAUCCCGGACAGGAACGACACAGAUGCUGAAUCUGGAGCCGAAAAUGCUUCAGCUUCAGGGAAAGCACAAGUCACACAGGAGAGCCCACCGUCACCACAGAUUACAUCAGUGAAGCAGCAGUUAGAUGAAGACAGUAAUGAGGUUGAAACCAUUGGCCCCACCACUCCAGAGGCUGUUGGACCUGCAGUUCCAGAAAUUACUGGAGGAAAGAGAAAACUGCUAGCUGUGGGUGUGGUGCUGGUGGUAGUUUUUGCCAUCUUGGUGCAGCAUUUUUUCCAGCAAGAAUCUCCACCUCAGACCAGUGAUUUAUGCCAGAUAGAUGUCUUCCUCAAGCAGUUGGAAAAAGUAAAGACUCGGUUUCCUAACCAGCGUGCUGAGCUUUGGAAUAGGAGCAGGAUCCACUUGAAGAGGCACCUUCAGACCGCAGAGCCCACAGAGCCAGUGAGUCUGAUUCUCACUGCAGGCCUCAGAGCUGAGAGGACGCUGAUCUGCCUAGCUCAGGGCCUGGCCGACGCCUUUUCAUCUGCCCUCAAUGCCUCCUUCCUCCACAUAGAUGGAACCAGCAAAGCCAGCCAGGACAGUGACCAGGUCAAACUGGACAUUGACAGGAAGCUGCAGGGAGCUUUUGAAGGAGACACACCUGUAGCCAUUAUUCAUCGCUUCGAAGAGCUGCCUCCGGGCUCCACGCUCAUUUUUUAUCGCUAUUGUGACCAUGAGAAUGCUGCGUACAAGAAGACUUUUCUGCUCUUCACAGUACUGCUGGGGGAAGAGGAGGAGAUUCCUGCUAACAUUAGCUUGAGUGCCGUUGAGGAGAUGGUGGACGACCACCUUCAGAAAAAGUUCCUUUCUCAUGGCCAGCCUGUGUCUUUUGACAUGAUGGACCUGGACAAAUAUGGUGGGCUGUGGAGUCGUAUUUCUCACCUGAUCCUGCCUGUGGCAACAGAGAAAAGAAUAGAACUUGAAGGGUGCUAGAAGGCAUAUGCAGUCAUUCUAGUCUGUGCAUUAAGCUUGGUAGCACUGAUCAUUUGGGAGCUGGUAGCUAUGGUUUUUAAGACCCCAAGGAUUCUAACUUAUGAUAUUUUGAAAAUACAGAUGAAGACUUCUGGAAUAAAUAAGAAUCAUUAUGGUGUGGGAUUUAAAAAGAGAAGUAUUUGUACAUUCAUCAUGAGAAAACAUUUUUAAAAAAUGGUAUUUUAUUUCCUGUCAAUUCUCUGAUCAGAUGUAAUUAUUGACAAAUUACUGUGGGUUUAUUUGGUUUCUGCAGUAUAUUUAUAAUUAUGAUGGUAAUUUCUGGAUUUUAAAAGUUAUUUAAUUAAGUGCUUUAUUGUUCUAUAGAAAAUGAACAGAAAUCACAAAAUUGGAGGGGGAACAAUUCUGUCUGUAUAACAACAGAGGGUUUAUUAUUUUUUUCUAUUGCAAAAGAGUUGUGAGAUCCUGGAACUUAAAUGGCACCAACGUGCCUUAACCGAA